GAUGGUAGAUUCACAGGGCAUUAAAGGGUGUGAACUUGAGCACCAACGCAUUUAAGAAAAUGAUAAAUCUUAGGGUGCUUAUAAUUGACGGCAAGUUAAGUAUCAGUGGAAAUUUUGAGUUGUUGUCCAAGGAGCUCAGAUGGUUGUCUUGGAAAGGAUGUCCUUUAAAAUGUAUAUCAUCAAAUUUUUUCGGGUGAUAAACUUGUAGUUCGGAUAUGCGGGAGAGUGAUAUCCAAGAAUUUGGUUUGAAUUUUCAGGUUCGUUACUCAAUUCUGCAAUUUCAUGUGUACUAUUAUGGCAACUAAGGUAAAUAAAAUCUUACUUGUACGUGUAUUUGGUUUACUUUUAGUGUUGUAAAAGCUUGAAGAAGUUGGAUCUCUCGAUAGCAAGCGUUUCAAAAGAACUCCAAACUUCAACGGUUCACGAAGUCUUGAGACUUUAUGGCUUCAUGGUUGCUCAAGUUCGACGGAGAUCCAUCCAUCAAUUGGAAAUUUGAACGGACUAAUUGAUCUGGAUUUUUUGAUUGCAAAAAAGCUUACGGAUCUUCCAAGCAGCAUAUGCCGGCUAAAAUCAUUGGAAACCUUGGACAUUUGUCGGUGCUCAUCUUUACAAACGCUGCGCUUGACCUUGGAGAUAUGCGAUGUCUAAAAUCUCUUCUUUAACAAGUGAUACGGGUAUAAAACAGUUGCCUAGAUCUGUUGAAAUGCUAAAAGAUCUCAAAAUUUUGGAUGUGGGAGGUAAAUAUAUAGAGGCCAAAAGGAGUUUUUCUCGAAGAAGAGUCCAUCGCAUACAAUUCUUCUCGACCUCUCUUUCGUGUUUAGCCCUUAAAAACUGUGGUUUCUCCGAGGCUGAUAUUCCUAGGGAUAUUGGGAGUUUAUCGUCCUUGACGGAUUUAGAUCUGAGCGGCAACAGUUUCCGCCGUCUACCCUUUGAUUUUUCUAACCUGCAAUCUUUGAGGAACUUGCAUUUGAAUGAUUGUGAGAAUCUUCAAAUACUCCCAUCAGUAUCAAAUUUACAACGUCUUAAAGUUUUUGAUGUAGUAAAUUGCAAGAAAUUGGUCAACAUUACAGGGUUGGACAACCUCCUUUCACUACAUUUUAUGAGCAUGGUUAAUUGUACUUCUCUGCAGAAUCCAUUCAAUGAAGGCUUCUUUAGUGCACAUGCUCUAGCAUUUCCAUCUAUGCGUUUAGAAAUUUAUCUCCAAAGCAAUGAGAUUCCACAUUGGUGCAACAAUCAAGUAACAUCUUCUUCUAUCUGCUUCACUAUGCCCACACAUAAUAAAGUAUACGUUUUUAGAAUGAUUCUCGCACGUGUUCGCAAGUUUGCCAACAUACCCACUUCAAGAGGUUUCCAUUCGCGUGGCUUGAGCUUUAAUAUUGCCGGAAAAAUGUCAUCGAGAGGCAACUGGGUUUAUGAUUAUGUAAUACCCGAUGGACAGGCAGAACUAUUAUGUGUACUUUACAGAUCUUUCUUAGAAGAACCUUUUGAUUGCCCGAUGAAAGGCGGAGAAUGUAUACAAAUCACCGAGAUGCAAAUCGCCGAGAUAGGUGAAGAAUGUACAGUAAAGAAGAUAGGGAUCCAUCUCCGUAUAUUUAGACCAACAUGGUAAGGUUACAUCAUUGCCGACAAUCGUGGAUUAUUCUCGUUCUCAGAUAAUGAACAAAAGCCGGGAGAACAAACCUGGAGGAAACGACAAUUGGGGCAGAAUGGGCCCAGGUGGUCCGGGCCAGAACGGGGCCGAGCAGGCCAAUAUUUACAUGGAGCGGGUGCGGCGGGGUGUGGGGCAGGACAGGAUAGGAUAUAAAGCAUUAAUUUUGAAAAAAUUUAAUGG